UCAGUGGCGCGCCGCCCGCAAACAUGAUCGCAUGUAUUUUACUUUCCUAACAAAACGUGACUUUAAUUACAACGAAACGAAAAAUACGAUCAAUACACAUUCAGUGAAAACAAACCUGUUCUUGCAUCGAUAUAAUUACUACUUGUGGUAGCUUAAAUAUAGGAAUCAAUCAAUCCGUCAAUAAAAUCACACCACCGGUGUCAACAAUGUAGCCAUAGUGAUAUAAAUGUUGACUAGUUGACAGUUUAAAAUAAAAAUAUGUAAUAUUUUUCAAUGUUAUAACUGUAGGACUAGGAGAUAUUGCCGACAAUAAGUUUAAUUUAUAUGGUUGGUUAAGAAAAAUCCAAAAUGGGAAAUGGAAUGAAUAAGGUGCUGCCAGGGCUUUACGUGGGUAAUUAUCGAGACUCAAAGGAUCCCGUACAAUUAGAUAAAUAUAAAAUAACGCACAUACUGUCCAUCCACGACGCCGCACGAAGGAUACAUUCGGAUAAGCACUAUUUAUGUAUAAUGGCAUCUGAUUCACCAGAUCAGAAUUUAACACAGUACUUUAGUUUGUGCAACGACUUCAUACAUGCGGCGAGGCUUCGUGAUGGGAAUGUCCUAAUACAUUGUUUAGCUGGUAUGUCACGUAGCGUGACAGUGGCUGUUGCAUAUAUAAUGUCGGUGACGCCGCUGACGUGGCGGGAAGCGCUGAAGGUGGUCAGAGCUGGUCGCGCCGUCGCUAAUCCUAACCUGGGCUUCCAGAGGCAGUUGCAAGACUUUGAAACUUAUAAACUAGUUGAAGAAAGACGAAGAUUAAAAGAACGAUACCCGUCCUUAGCACUUGCUGAUCGGGAUCUCGCAGAAUGUCGUGUGAUGCUCGACUCCUAUCAAACAAUGCUCAAUCAGAGGACAAUUUGUGAGGGCAAGUGCGCAAUGGGCAGACAGUGCCCAACAGGUGUAUGUAGAACAGGAUCCAAGAGGCAGCCGAGGCCACGUCGUCCGUCCACUUCUUCUGGGGAAUCACCAGGGCUAAAGCGUUCUCCUUCAACACUAUCAACGGCUUCUACUGCCUCGGGAUAUCGUCCCCGGUCUUCACCGGCUGGUCUUUAUAGUUACACAGGCACGCCUUCACGACCCACCCGCUCAGCGUCUGGACUCAGCAUCACACGUAUCACGGAUCCCGUGGGAGGAGGCACUGCCAUGGCAGUUGGUGGCACGGAGUAUUCUAGACGCAGAGCUGCCUCUGCACCAGCGACACCAGCUUUAUCACCAGCUUCAUCACCUCCUGGAUCACCGCACAGAACAUCGCACAGACCUGGAUGUGCAUGGACCAUACCGAAUUUGCAUUGGGAUCCAGAAUCUAUGUGAUCAUCAUUCAAAAACCACCAUUCAUCAGAUCUCGGGCGCUUCAAAGGUGUUCGUAGCAUCGCACCAUUCGAGUUACAAUCCGGCCAUUAUCCUAUUAAACUAGCACAAACGUCGAUAGCUUUGAUAUACCAUAAAACAUGUGGACAAAGCCACCCGUGGCUUAAUAAAGAUACGGCGACGAAGAUUUAAAAGAUUGUUAUCUGUUGUUGUUGAAUCCAGUAUUGCGGAUGUUGUUAUGGACUGUGGUCUAAAGUUGAUAAUGAAAUAAUAUGACAAACACACUAUUGCUACUUGCGCUGCCGGAUUUAUUCUCUCUGCUUUAUAACUUGCCUAGGAUGUUACCGGGUUGGUCAUUAAGUUGAGAUGUCGAUUGGAAAUUUGAUUUGACAUAGUUUUAAAGAUGAGUCCACUUAAUAUCAGCCUCAUGCUCGAUGCCAGUGGCCGUAAGAACUAUUAUGAUACUUCCGCUGCUGCAUCGUUAUUUGAGCAAUGAAUGGCUUGUGCAGAUCGAAAAUAAGAGGUGGCUAACGCAACAGCGCCCACUUUUGUCCAGGGCCUUGAGACAAAAUCACUUUUUGUCAGGCGGGAAUGAAUAAAUUUGUAUGGUAAUGAUAUUAGCUCACGCUCUGUCACGUGACCAUUUCAAUAUAAAUUCGUUUAGUGUUAGUGGGUCACGUCUGACGAAAAGUGAUUUUAUCUCAAGCCCCCUGUAUGGAGUUUAGCCAAGACCUACCGCACCGUAAACUAUUAUAAGUUAUCUACUAAUUUCUUAGUAGAUAAGUUUAAAUAGUUUACGAUACAGAAAUAAAUUCACAUGAACAAACAUCAAUUGUUAAAUUAUGAGCGCAACUUGCGCAGAAAACUGGUCCUAAACUUCAGAGCGCAGGAAAGUCUGAUUGCUCAUCUCUACAUACUUAAUAUAUAUCAUACUUCAACUACUGUUCGCGCAACAGUAGAAAAUCCUGCAAAAUAUUUCUAAAUAUAUGCUUUAUUUAAUAGCAUUAGAUUUGCAAAACUAUACUGUAUGUUAAGCUAGUAAGAAAGGCUAGUGAUCCUUAAAUAGGUGAAUGCUGAAAUUUGUUCCUAUCACUUUCGCGAUAUGACGCUCAGUUAAGCACUCAAUCUUAGAGUUAAUCAUAAUUAUCUAACUUUUGAAAAUACACGUUAGUUUCUGAAUUCAAAUUAACGAUGUGUCCAUUAGUAACGCUUUAUUAAUAUACGAAUAAAGGUCUUUAGGUCAAACCAAAUAUAUAUUGCCAUAGCUGCAAAACACGAGCCUCAAAUACCGCGGCCAUUAUGCGUCUCAAAUAACAAUCUAGUAUUCUGUUUCGUCAUUAAUAUCUUUAAUCUUCUCUAUCUUGUAGGUUCCUCUAAUGUAAAUAAUAUUCAAUGCAAUUUCCAAUUCUUAGUGUUUUAAACGAAAUGUUAUCCUAAUAGGUAAUUAUUUUUGUACUAUCAUGUCUUUGCUCAAAAAUAGUUUGACUUUUCUAAUUAGUACAUGUUUCGCUUUGUUUAAAUUUCUAUUUGAUUGCUGUAAGUUGUUCAUAAAUAUUUUUAACAUUGCUCAUAAAUUAUACCGAACCAAAAACGUUUUAAAGUCUGUACGGGAAGAAAAUCGUCGUAUGCAAACAGUUAUUGUUAAAAAAUGCUAUGCCUGCCUAUAAUGCAUUUUUUAAAUUUUUCAUAAUGCAUUUGCGACCAAAAA